UUAGGAAAAAGGAAAUGACAAUACACUGCUGGCUGCUUAGAGUCAGGGAUCAUUGGGCUACAGGGGUUUAAGCUGAAACAAGAAAACUGUAGUUGAAGGAAUGUCCCUGAGCUGCAUUCUCCUUCAGAAAGGGCAACCAUUUUUGUAGCUGGGAAUUUUGUAGCUGGUCUAAGAUUCCUGUGGCUACACAAGUCUGAGUAUAGGUUUUAUAUAAAGUCACUGGGCAGCUAUGUUUUGCAGGAGGAUUUUAUGUGUGACUGUAAUCAUCUGGACAGAAAUACAUCGGCUGGAAGGCUCAAAAACCCGAUCAGAUGAUUUUCCACCCCGUAUUAUUGAACAUCCUUCAGACUUGUUUGUGAAGAAGGACAAGCCAGCCACAUUGAAUUGUCGGGCAGAGGGCAAUCCACAGCCCACUAUAGAGUGGUACCGUAAUGGAGAGCAUGUGGAGACCAGCACAGAUGAUAAAACCCUGCGUUCCUAUGUUCAGCUGCCAGAAGGACCACUUUUCUUCUUAAGUCUUAACCAACGCAAAGGCAAAUCUGAUGAAGGGGUUUACACUUGUGUGGCUAGAAACCAUCUAGGAACGGCAUUUAGUCGAAAUGCUUCUCUUUACGUUGCUGCACUGAGGGAGGAUUUUCGUCUAAAUCCAUCGGAUGCAGUUGUGGCAGUGGGGAACAAACUUGAGAUAGAAUGUUUGCCUCCAAAAGGUCAUCCUGAGCCCAAUGUUACAUGGAAGAAAGAUGGGAUUCCAUUAAACCAUAACAAUAGUCGCUAUAUGAUUUCUGCAGGCAAGCUCUCUAUUUUUAAAGCACUAAAGACGGAUUCAGGACUGUAUGCCUGUUUAGCAUCUAAUCAAGUGGGAGAAAGAGAGAGCAGAGCUGCCAAAAUUGCUGUACUGGAGAAACCCAUGUUUACAAAUAAACCCAGUGAUGUGACAGCGAAGUUUGGAAGCACAGUGCAGUUUGGUUGUGGCGCACAAGGAGACCCGAAGCCCAUCUUUCGAUGGAGCAAAGAAAAUGGAAAACUUCCACAAGGAAGGUAUGAAAUUACUGAUGAAAAUACAUUAAGGAUCCGAUCUGUAACCUUGUAUGACUCUGGAAAAUAUAUCUGCACUGCAGAAAAUCAGCUAGAAACAGUAUCGGCUAAGGCAAUGCUGACUGUUCAAGAUCCUUUGGAUACUGGUCAGAAAGAGAGAGAGAAACAAACCCAUAAAGAAUUAAUGGGUGUUCGUGUUCAUUUAGACAACAUUACAGCACUUCCAAGCUCCUCAGUCUAUGUGCACUGGCAGGUGUUAACAGAAUCUCCUUUCACUGAAGGAUAUAGUGUAUUUUACCGCACACUUUCUGCUUCUGAGUGGACAGAGUGGACAAAGUCUAGGAUCACUGAGCACAGCACUGUUAUUCCAUCUCUAUGGAGGGGACAGAAAUAUGAGUUUAAGAUCCGACCUUUUGCGGGGAAAAACUAUGGACCUGACAGCAAUAUAAAACAUCUCAGAAUACCCGAGGAAGUUCCAAAUAUUGCUCCACAGAACAUCAAUGUGACUGCUGUGGAAGGAGGAAACGGUACAAUAUUUGUGAGUUGGGAACCCCCACCAAAAAAUAUUCACAGCGGUAACAUAAAAGGUUAUAAGGUCUGGUGUUUUGAGAAUGAAACACAUCCUAAAUCAGACUGGAUAGUGGAUGAAGAAACAAAGAGUCUAGAAAUUCCCAUGUUGGCUUCCGGCAUUAACUAUCAAGUCCAGGUAGCGGCUAUAAAUGACGCAGGAAUUGGAAUGCCAAGCAAGCCCAAAUACAUAAUGAUAGACUCACCAGAAGUGAAGGAAGUAAAGGAUGAAAAUGUAUAUUUUGAGCUUAUCCUGCAAGUUGUGCGCCAUCCAGCCUUCAUUGGAACUGUAGGAACUGUGGCCUGGAUCUUACUAAUGGUUGCAGCCGUGUAUAUGUGCCAGCGUCAUUCUAAGCAUCAUAGCACAAAACAACACAGCAUAUUAGGAAAUAGUCUCUACAGAUUUGCAAGUGAAGAUACUAUAAUAAAGCACAGGAUGGACAUUAGUGAUUCCCCAUGGCUUUCACACACAUGGAAAUCUGCCUCAUGCUCCCGAAACUACAGCAGCACAAUCAGUAUGAACAGCCAAUUACUGUGGUCUGAAACCAAAGACACAUCAGAUUUCCAUAAAUCAACAAUGUCGUUUGAACGCAAAAGUGAGGGUAGUCGAAGCCAAAUCAUCCCACUGGUGCCAGACAGCAACAGCUUAUAUGGAACCCUUUAUGUUGACCUUCCAGGAAAAGACAUGACCACAUUUCAGCGUCCAUCUUCUGGCAAAUCCCAAGGCAUGGAGCAAAAUUUUAAAACUCCUGACCCUCUUGGAUUGCUUCAUCAUAGGCCAAUGCCAUCGUAUUUUAAUGAUUUCAGUGGCAGCAAUGGCAUGUAUGGAGGCACUAGGAGCAAGGUGCCAUGGCAACCAAAUAUCCACAAUUCUCCCGAUAUAUCACUCAAGGAAUCAUGGAGAAAAAACUGCAAAAAAGAGCUGCAACAUGCAAAUAGUGCUCCUUUGUCACCUUUUUGUCAAGCAACCAAACAGGGUGACAGUGUCCCAACCAUUCAGCAGCAUUUAAACAUCAACAAAGUAGGAAAGGGAGACUAUGCUAAAGCAAUGAAGACUUUCAGUUCCCCUAAAAUCCUCCACUAUACUACUUCUCUCCAAGUGAUGGAUCUUCUACCCUAUACACCUUCUCUUCCGCCACCUCCAGUUCCUCCUCCAAAUGAAAAUCCGAUUCAUGAUGACAAGGAUAAAAUCAAUGGUAUCACCUCAUAUUCUGUGCCCAAUCAAGAAAAGCAAAUCUAUAAAAUCAACAGCAAGAAGAAAUGUCCCCCUGGCACACUGAACAUUAAACCGGCAUCAGAGUGCUUCUCCAUAAAUGAUGAUGGCGACAAUGUGUUGACUCCAGAAGAUGUGGCACAGUAUCUUGAACUCAGUGAUCAAGGCGAAAAUACAAGGCAUACAUCAGAGUAUGAUUCUUCCCUUCCAAGGCCCUUUUCGCCUAAUCAAACCUAUGGCUACAUCUGCAGCCCGUUACCUUCAGAAGCUGAUGCAGUUGAUGAAGAUGAUGACCUUGAUUUAGAGGACAUCAGUUCAUUAAAGUCUUAUCGCAAGUACUGUGAAACUCCAACCUCCAGUAUCAGCGAAUACGAAAGCUCAAUGGCCGGAUCUCUUGUUAAUGGCUGGGGUUCUGUUUCAGAAGAUAAUUAUACCAGUGCUAGAUGCAGCAUGGUCAGCUCCUCUGAUGGAUCCUUUUUAAUGGAUGCAAACUUUGCCAAGGCUCUUGCAGUUGCAGUUGACAGUUUUUGCUUUGGUGGAUCUCAAACUGAGACUGCUGGAAGGGAUAAGUUUUAUGCAGACCUUUCUCCAUCAGGAUCACCUUUGGACGGAAUAUUAAGGCAACAUAAAGGUGAAAAUAUAGAUGUCACUGAAAAAAAAUCCAGAGUUAAUCAUUUGCCUGUACUAGACUGGAACAUUGACUGGAUGGAUGAGAUGGAAGCCAAGUACAGUCGGAAAAAUUACAUGAAACAUAACUUUCCUUUUGAUAAAAAGAUGGAUCCUUUCAAGUAACCAUAUCUGUUGCAUCACUAUCGCCACUACUGGAAAUUCACUUAAGAAAACCUAACUCCUGAAGAGUGUGGGUGACUAUGCGCUGCCUUAAAUUCCCCAUUAAGGACACCAGGCAUUACAGCACUGAAGCAUUGAGGGAAAAGUUCUUCAUAAAGCCAUGGGCUCUGAGAAAAGAAAUGGGAAAGUAAACUGAUUCCAAUAUAUUAUGAAAGAUCAUUUGCUAUUUGAAACUCAAUGAUACUGACAGUUAUUGUGUUAUUGAAUAAAGAUGUUGUUGUUUUUAAGGUGCAGUAGGUAUAAGAGUACAGAGUACAGUUGGAGUAGUAAUGGCACAAUAAUGGCUUCACUUUUGCCCCCUUACCACACCUAGCGCUUGCACCUACCCUACAGAAAUGACCCCUUGGUACCUAUAUUAUCUGUCCGUUCCACAGAUUAUGCCUUUGUUGAAGGGAUAUACAUUUCCUGUGCAUUAAAAUACAGGGGAACACUUUUUAGUGGUCCUUUUUAUCCAGUAGCCUUCUACUAACAUAGUACAGAUCACUCUAACAUUUCCAUUAAAUAUAGAAAGACUUUUCUUAAUACUAUGUCCUUGAGGGUCGAAUUUUAAUAAUAUUUUACUGCUAUGUUAAGUAAAUAUAUUAGACUGUUUAUUUUGUUAUACCAGGUGAUGCGGUCCAUCACCUCUAGUAAAAUGAAAUGUGUUGCCUUUUAACUUUGGAUUUAUUUUGUAGCUAGAAAUAUAUAAAAUAUUUUUAUAUGCCUUUUUUUGUUGAAGCUGGUUUAAUUCAAAUUGUAACAGUAAAAUAAUUCUUAUCAUUGACUAGCAUUGAAUCUUAUAUUUUGUCUUUUCAUUUUGUAAAUAAAAAUUUUAUAAACACCAUGA